AUGAGCUUUACAACAACACCACAGACUGGGGCUACGCCACACAUCCCCGCUAUCUCAGAAGCAGAUGCGCAACCGUCCUCGGAGCCAAGCACUCGUUCGUCUUCUCCACCUUUGAAUUUGAAUGUAGACUCCCGGAGAUCAGAACAGGCGAUGCCUGGGAAUACCUUCUGGGCAGAGCCUUUGUACUUUGAAUACUCUCCGAGUAUCACUCCCGACAGCUCUCCUCCUUACACGCGACAGACAUCUGUGGUUGACCUCGGGGUUCUCAAGCAGGAGCCAUACAUCACCUCCAAGCCAAAACCCAUUCAUGAGCCUGAAGAACUUUAUCAUGUCUUCUCACGCAGUAAGAAAUGGGCUAUCGUCAUCCUUAUCGGCAUCGCUGGACUUUUUUCCGGCCUGUCGUCUAAUAUCUAUUUUCCUGCUCUUGAUGCAAUAGCUAAGGAUUUUCAUGUUAGCUUGCAAGCAGUAUCCCUUACCAUCACAUCCUAUCUCAUCUGUCAAGCAAUAUCUCCCGUUAUUUGGGGAUCUCUUGCCGAUGCACUAGGGCGCCGCCCUAUUUACAUGGCGUCAUUUGGUGUUUACAUUGUCGCUAACAUUGCCUUGUCGUUUGCUCCAAAUUAUGCGGUGCUGCUGGUUUUUCGAGGCCUACAGGCGGUUGGAAGUGCAUCAACAGUUAGCAUUGGGAAUGGAGUCAUCCAAGAUAUUACACCCUCGUCAGAGAGAGGGAGUUUCAUUAGCUUUUACCAAGCCGUUCGUAAUUUCAGCAUUGCUGUUGGACCCGUAUUAGGCGGUGCAUUGUCAAACUACCUUGGAUUCCACGCCAUUUUUGUGUUCCUCUGGAUUCUCUCAUCGCUUACGAUUGUGUCUCUUGUGCUUUUCCUCCCAGAAACAAUGCGAUCUAUUGCUGGAAACGGAACUGUCCGACUCGGCGGUAUCUAUCGGCCGCUGAUCGAAUGCUUCGGCGUCAAGCCAAAAUACUAUGAGCAGGAUGCGCCAAAAGGAGCGAGCAGAAUGAAAGUUGAUCUGGCAACAUUCAUCUCACCACUGAAGCUGCUGGUGCAGAGGGACAUCUUGACCAAUCUGAUCUUCGGCGGUGUGGUAUACGCAAUAUGGUCCAUGGUGACAUCAAGCACGACGGGCCUGUUCAAGGAUCGCUUCCACCUGGAUGAGACCAUGAUCGGUCUGGCUUACCUACCCAACGGCAUCGGCACAAUAGUAGGCUCCGCCAUCGUGGCUAAGCUGAUGACGCGUGAUUUUCGAGUGUACGAGAACACCUACAGGUCCGACAACGGCCUUCCAAUGGACUACACGAUUCCUACCAAAGCCAUUCCCGCGGGAUUCCCAAUCGAGCAUGCCCGAUUGCGCAAUCUCUGGUGGAUAGUGGCACUCUUCGUCGCGUCUGUCACGGGUUAUGGCUUCUCCAUGAGCGUGUCACGAUCUGUAUCUAACCGUCCUGGUUACAUCGCGGUUCCUCUAGCUCUUCAAUUCAUCAUCGCGGCAACGAGCAACGCGGUUUUCGCUGCCAAUCAGACUCUCGUCUCUGACCUUUGCCCUGGGAAGGGAGCUAGUGCCACAGCUAUCAAUAACCUUGUACGGUGCACCCUCGGCGCAGUCGGCGUUGCUGUUGUUGAUGCUAUGAUCGAGAAGUUGGGGCCUGGGUAUACGUUUCUGGCAUUGGCGAUUGUAAUGGCUUGUUGCACGCCGCUUGCCGUGUUAACGUGGGUCUUUGGGCAGCGUUGGCGAGAGGAGAGGACUACGAAGACUAUAGAUUAG